AUGGACAAGCUCAAGAAGGUGCUGAGCGGGCAGGACGCCGAGGACCGGGGCGGCCUGUCGGAGGUUGUUGAGGCAUCUUCGUUAAGCUGGGGCACCAGAAUAAAAGGCUUCAUUGCGUGUUUUGUUACAGGAAUUCUCUGCUCACUGCUGGGUACUCUUCUGCUGUGGGUUCCUCGCAAGGGACUAGUCCUUUUCAUAGUGUUUUAUACCUUCGGUAACAUCGCAUCACUUGGGAGCACCAUCUUCCUCAUGGGACCAAUGAAACAGUUAAAGCGAAUGUUUGAGCCUACACGUUUAAUAGCAACCAUUGUGAUGCUGUUGUGUUUGGUACUUACUCUGUGUUCUGCCUUUUGGUGGAAAAACAAAGGACUCGCCCUCAUCUUCUGCAUUUUGCAGUCUCUGGCCAUGACGUGGUACAGCCUUUCCUUCAUACCAUUUGCAAGGGAUGCUGUGAAGAAGUGUUUUACUACAUGUCUCGCUUAACACCUGGCCAGUUUUGCAAAGCUUUGGGAGGCACAUUGGAUGGAGGCUGGUGGACAG